UUUUUUUUUUUUUUUUUUUACUCGCAUCUGGAUCCCAGUACGAGUCGCAAACAGCCCAGCGUCCUGUGCCGCAGAAACCACGGCGUCUUUAAAUUUGGGAAAGAAAGCAAGAAAAGAAGAAGAAGAAGAAAAAGGGAAGACAGAAGAAACCCAGCUCUCCUCCGGCAACUUUCUGCGGUCCGCUGUCCUCCCGUGGUUUAUCCGUUCGUCGACGCCGUGAAGCAGUUUGUGUGUGAGGCUGUGAUUGUUGCCUCAAGUUGGAGAGAAAGUUUUUUUUUUUUUUUCAGCUCGCUGUUUUCGCACACAAGUUUUUUUUCCCCCCUUGUCGAGUCUGGGACUUGAUACUUAACUAAUACCUGUUGCUUUUAAACCUGCGACGUUUUAACAGGGUUUAGACUUUUUUUUUUUUUGGUGGUGUUUUUCUCUUUUCUUUUCUGGCUCCCAAAUUGUUUGCCGGAGAGCUGGCCUGGGAGCUGCCGUGAAGGAAGUUUCUGUCGAGCUGAAGAAAAUCUCCAUGAGGAAACUCACCAACUUUGCCUUAACUAAAAAACACACAGGACACCUGGGAGGCCGUCUACCUAUUCUAAGUUUUAAUUAUUAUUUUUUUUACGGCUUUUAUUAUUUUUGAAAACAUCUUUUUUUUUUUUUUUAAAAACCCAACAAAAAACAACCUUAAAAUGAAGUCGCUGUCGGUGCUGUGUGCGGUCUGCACGCUGGCUGUGUUGUCCGCCUCGGCGACCGCGGAGCCAAAGUUGAAAAACUGUAACGAGGUUCGGGAGGCGUUCACCUCCAAAGGCUUUAACAUGAACGAUGCCCCCAACAAAGUGGUCAACGGAGCGCCGCUGAAGGUGUGUCCGCAGGGUUUCACCUGCUGCACGGCCGAGAUGGAGGACAAGCUGAGCCAGCAGAGCCACACGGAGAUCAAAGCUCCCGUGUCCCGGCUUAGCACCAGUCUACAAUCCACCUUCAAACAGAGACACGACCACUUUGACAAGUUCUUCAAGGAGCUCCUGAAAAACUCCCAGACGUCACUGCACAACAUGUUCGUGCGGACCUACGGCAAGAUGUACAUAGAGAACUCCCAGCUGUUCACGGAGUUCUUCGCCUCGCUGACCCGCUACUACGUCUCCGGCAGCUCCGCCGUCAACCUGGAAUCCAUGCUGUCGGACUUCUGGGCCGACCUCCUGGAGAGGAUGUUCCGGCUGGUCAACGUCCAGUACGAGUUCAGCGACGCCUACAUGGAGUGCGUGAGCCAGCACACGGAGCAGCUGCAGCCCUUCGGCGAUGUUCCGCGCAAGAUGCGGAUCCAGAUGACGCGAGCCUUCGUGGCCGCGCGCACCUUCGUGAGAGGCCUCGCCCUCAUGCCAGACGUGGUGAAUAAGGUGUCCACGGUCAGCGCAUCUCCCAGCUGUGUUCGAGCAGCCAUGAAGAUGUUGUACUGUCCCUACUGCUCCGGCCAAGUGGCCCUGAAGCCCUGCCAGAAUUACUGUCUGAACGUGAUGCGGGGGUGUUUGGCUAACCAGGCUGACCUGGACACGGAGUGGAACAACUUCCUCGAUGCCAUGGUGGGCCUGGCCGACAGGCUCGAAGGGCCCUUCAACUUCGAGUCCGUCAUGGACCCCCUCGAUGUCAAGAUCUCCGAGGCCAUCAUGAACAUGCAGGAGAACAGCGUGCAAGUCUCGCAGAGGGUCUUCCAGGGAUGCGGGACGCCCAAACCCAACAAGGCCUUCCGCUCCAAGCGGUCAGGGAAGGAAACGGGCUUCACCGGCCGCUUCCGGCCCUUCAGUCCAGAAGCGAGACCGACGACCGCCGCUGGGACCAGUUUAGAUCGGCUGACGACGGAGGUGAAGAAGAAGCUGAAACACGCAAAGAAGUUCUGGUCGACGUUGCCGGAGACGGUGUGCGCAGCGGAAAGGACCGCACCUGGCGACGAGUGCUGGAACGGUACAGCCAAAAGCAGAUACCAAUCGGAUGUGAUUGGCAACGGGCUGGCCAAUCAGGUUUCAAACCCUGACGUUGAGGUGGACAUUACCAAACCAGAUGUCGUGAUCCGCACCCAGAUUGCGGUUUUAAAGGACAUGACGAACCGGUUGAAAGCGGCGCACAGUGGAAACGACAUGACUUUUGAAACGGAUGAUGACGCUAGCGGAGACGGCGAGAGCGGCAGUGGCUGCGACUCCCCGUCGUGCGGCGAUAACGACAUCUACAUCUCCACCUCGCAGAACCCGGAGAAUCCCAGGGUCAAACCGGUGCAAAAAGGCUCGUCAUCGCCGUCCUCGCGGGGAAGCCUGGCGCCGGCGCUGGCGCUCUGCGGGCCGGCCCUGGCCCUGCUCGCCCCCCACUGGAGAUAAAGACCAUCAGGACGGGAGAGGAAGAGAAGAUCAACCAGGAUUACAAGAAUGAAGGGGAGCCCUGUCAGAGAGACUUUAAAAAGACUUGCCUUCAGGACCUCAGACUGGGGCGGAUGAGGGAGGGGGGGAGAGAAUCUUCUUGAUAUUACAAUAACUUCACUAUUAACUAUUUGUAUGUUUGUAAGGACAUCAGUGUAUGGCAGGGGGAUUUUUCGUCUGAAAAAUCCACCUGUUUUACCCCCCCACCUCGCAGUUUCAUAAACUUCCUUUAGGUUCUGCUUGCAGCGUUACAAACAUAUAGCAAAUUGUGCCUUUUUUUUUUUUUUUCUCCCCAGCGAUAUCAAUGAUUGGUUGAACAGGAAGUGCCUGUAUUGAGGCAUCUUCAUAUUUCUGAUGAUGUUCUUGCUGUCCAUCACUCAUGGAUCAUUCAUACAACAUGCAAACUGUGAAUUACUCUGGAUAAUCAGCCUAUCAAAUCAUGAUUUUUUUUAUUUGUUUUUUUCACUCAAGCACUCAUCACUCAGAAUGACAGGAAGAUGUUGCAAAACAGGUGUUCAACUUCCUCCCGGUUAUUGUAUGUCAGCGUAUCGUAACACCCUAAACCUUCCCUCUUUUUUUGUUUGGUUUUUUUUUUCAUAUAUUUUUUUAGUUCCACACCUUGCACAGCUCAUCUCAUACCUCAUGAAUACUCUCAAUGCAAGCCGGCGACACGGAGUCGGUCCGGAAGAGCCGGUCCCCCGUUUCCCCCGGCGACAGCCCAGAAGAAGGUGGCGAGUCACGAGUCGAGUUAGCUCAGUUCAUCACAAGGCGGUCCGGCUCUGCAACGGUCCGAGUCGGGCGAAGUCGGAGCAUUUUGGAGGAUCAACCGGAGAGUGUUUUGAUUUAAAAAAAAAAAAAAAAAAAAAAAAAAUCUGCAAAGUUUAUUACAGGGUUGUUGGCGUUUUUUUUUUAUUAUUUGGUAUGAAAGAAUACAUUUGGUACUACGGUAGAUUUUACGAAAUUCUUCCCGCGUCAUUCACUCACCCGUUUAAUCUACCUACUUUAAAAAUCAUUAGCGCAUACAAAAUGUUAAUGUCUUCAUACUUUUUUGGUACUUUUUUUUUUUGUCAUUUCUUGUUUUGUUUUUUUUAAUUGUUUUUUUUUUUAUUUGUUAAAGCAAAGAAUGUAGAUGUUUUGUAAUUUGCGGCCUAUCCUCGACAUUUCAACCGUAAAAUCCAGCGUUUUGUACAGUAACUUAUGUCUGUAUUUUAACGGGAUUGGAAAAGAAUGAUGUAGUAUUCAAUUAAUCAAAACCAGAUGAGCAAAAACAUAGGUUGAAAAAUAAUUUUUAAAUCAAGUUACUACAUGGACUAAAUGGGUUUGAAUAACAAUUUAGCAAAAAUUGUUUUUUUUUUCUGCUCUGAAAAAGCUACUUAGGAAAAACGUAAACAUUAGACCAUUUUCCAAUUUAACAAUCUUGUUUUUGAAGGAUUUGAUGAAAUCUCUAUGCAACGUAUUGUAAAGUACCGCAGCCUUUAUAAGGAAGAACAGCAAGGCUGCGCUUCAGCUUCAUUUGCCAUUACGUUUCCCAUGUUUUCAUGUUCCGCAAACAUUUCUGCGAGGGUUUUGUGCACGCGCCGGAAGAGCAAAGUUGUCAAAGAAGCAUUCGGAGGAAAUGUUUCAGGUGACAGUGGUGAAUGUCUUUUGUUUGCAGGCCAGGGCAGCAGUGGCGUUUUUUUCUUUUCUUCUUUUUUUUUUGUUUGUUUGUUUGUUUUUUGUUUUUCAGCUGGCAGGAAACGGUCCGGCUGCUGGAUGUUCAAUCCACAGAGAAAUGUCAGUCCCAUGACUGAAAUAAUUAGAAAAGGAAAAGAAAAGUCGAACUUGGACAGGUGUUAGAAAUCCUUCCGCCUGCCUCUGGCCCACAAGAAGAGAAUGGACUCGCUCUCUGAUGAGAGGGUGACUGACUGACUGACUGACUGAAAAAGUAUGAAUGAUGUGUAAAUAGAGAGCAGCCGUUUCUAGAUGUCUCUAAAAGAGGCCUUAACAGUACACCAGAUUUUUACUUGUCAGAGUAAAAAAAAAUGUUAUGGAAGAAAACGAGAUGAGAUAGAUGUUAAAUUGUAAGAGAAAAUGUAUAUUAAACAUUUCUUAGUCUUGUGGAAAUAAAGACUUCCAAUAUUUAAA